GGAGGAGGUACCGCUGUGGUACUAGGUAAAUCAGCUACUGGGCUCCGCCAUCAGCACCCCCGGCAUAUUUCACUCUUUCCCGACUUUCCUACAGCUGCCGCCAUGUUUGAGGCUCGCUUGGUGCAGGGUUCCAUCCUGAAGAAAGUGUUGGAGGCCCUGAAGGACCUGAUCGAUGAGGCGUGCUGGGACAUUACAUCGAGCGGCAUCAGCCUGCAGAGCAUGGACUCCUCGCACGUCUCGCUGGUCCAGCUCACUCUGCGAUCAGACGGCUUUGACACCUACCGAUGUGAUCGCAAUCAAUCUAUCGGCGUCAAGAUGAGCAGUAUGUCCAAAAUCUUGAAGUGUGCCGCAGGUGAAGAUAUAAUUACUCUGAGGGCAGAAGACAAUGCGGAUACAGUCACAAUGGUGUUUGAGUCUCCAAAUCAAGAGAAAGUUUCAGACUAUGAAAUGAAGCUGAUGGACCUUGAUGUGGAGCAGCUCGGCAUUCCUGAACAAGAGUACAGCUGUGUAAUAAAGAUGCCAUCUGGUGAAUUUGCACGCAUCUGCCGAGAUCUCAGCCAGAUUGGCGAUGCAGUAGUCAUUUCUUGUGCGAAGGAUGGGGUAAAGUUCUCUGCGAGCGGAGAGCUGGGAACUGGAAAUGUUAAGCUCUCACAGACUUCAAAUGUGGAUAAAGAGGAGGAAGCUGUUACAAUAGAAAUGAAUGAGCCAGUACAGCUCACAUUUGCAUUGCGGUAUCUGAACUUCUUCACCAAAGCUACACCCCUGUCCCCAACAGUUAUACUCAGUAUGUCUGCAGAUAUCCCACUUGUUGUGGAAUACAAAAUCGCAGAUAUGGGUCAUGUGAAAUACUACCUGGCUCCCAAGAUUGAAGAUGAAGAAGCUUCUUAAUAUCUGAAUCAGCUUUGUUUUAUAAACCUUAACCGAACAUCAAAUGGCGCUUUCACACACACACCUGCCUUGUGUUAAACAGCUUUGGCUGAACCUGUAACAACUGGCUGUACUUCUAGGCAUGUCUGUAGAUAUUUUUGUAAAUACAUCAUGAUUUUUGUAAAAUCUCUGCCCUAGGAGGUCAAUAAAUCUUUGUAAUA